GGCUCGAGGUCCCCAGUGGUGCAGCUAGGUGCCUCCAAGAAACCCCGCCCCAGAAGACCCGCAAGAGUUGCUGCCGUUUUUCGCUGAAGCCCCUUCCCUGGGCUGGUGUUCUAUAUGUUUCGACCAAUCGUCGGCAUUUUCUCCUCCCUUCUUUCUUUUUAGGAAGGCGCUGGGGUGUGCAGCGGCAACCGCGGUGGUGAAGGGAUCCUCUCAUGGUAUCUCCUCGUGGGGAACGUUCCUGUCUUGAAUGAUUCCUUCUCCGCCUCAACUUUGUGUUCAAGUAGUGUUUUGAGGUUUAGGGUGGGCUUUUUUUUUUUUAGCCUCCACCCCCGGCCCUCUCCUUUUCAAGGGUGUGCGGAGUUCAGAGGAUGGGUGGAGAGUGGGCUUGGCCGGAACUAAAUUGGUGGAGGUAAAAGGGGAACGGAGGAUCUUUAGCAUUGGCCCCUUCGGCCCAGCAAACCCACUUUAUUUUUAGCCGAGGAAAAGCUGCAGGGGGAGGAUUCUUUUUAGAAAGUCUGCUCUGCCGGCCUGAUUUUUGGGUUGGAUGCUUGAGAGCUUUGUUUCCCUUGUUCUAAGGGUGGCCCAGCUGGGGCUGAAUCGACUCCCUCCCUUUUUGCCUUCCUCCCCAUUUUCCAGCCAAGAGAAAAAGGGGAGGUGGGGGGCCGAGAAAGAGAAGGCAAGAGCUAGUCGCCUGGCGCGCUGUCAGACAGGGGCGGGUGUGAGGGGAGCAGCUGUCUUGCGAUCAGCUCGGGGGUAUGAACCUCCUGGAGGACGGCAUGAGCUCUGGACACUUCAGGAGUCCUCAGCUAGAGACAUGGGCGAUAUGGAUCAACUCAUAAACAACUUGGAAGUCCAACUUAAUUCAGAAGGUGGCUCAAUGCAGGUAUUCAAACAGGUCACUGGUCCUGUUCAGAUCAGAGAUCCCACUGACACAGCUGACGGAAGUAAUAUGACAUCUCCACCACUCCUGGAUGCGAGCCCCAUGGAGAACCCAGCCCUAUUUAAUGAUAUCAAGAUUGAGCCCCCAGAAGAACUUCUAGCAAAUGAUUUCAACUUGCCCCAAGUGGAACCAGUUGAUCUCUCCUUUCACAAACCCAAGGCUCCUCUCCAGCCUGCUAGCAUGUUGCAAGCUCCAAUACGUCCUCCCAAGCCACAAUCUGCUCCCCAGGGCCUUGUGGUGUCCACUUCAACAUCUGAAACCACCACUUCAGCAAACAUCCCUACUAUUCUGACUCCAGGUUCUAUACUGGCCUCCUCUCAGGGGACUGGUGGCCAACAGAUAUUACAUGUGAUUCACACCAUCCCCUCAGUCAGUCUGCCAAAUAAAAUGGGUGGACUGAAGACCAUACCAGUGGUGGUGCAGUCCCUGCCCAUGGUGUAUACCAGUUUGCCUACAGAUGGAGGCCCUGCUGCCAUUACAGUCCCGCUCAUUGGAGGAGAUGGCAAAAAUGCUGGAUCAGUGAAAGUUGACCCCACCUCCAUGUCUCCACUGGAGAUUCCUAGUGACAGUGAAGAGAGUGCAAUUGAGAGUGGAUCUUCAGCCUUACAGAGUCUGCAGGGACUCCAGCAAGAACCAGCAACAAUGGCCCAAAUGCAGGGGGAAGAGUCACUUGACUUGAAGAGAAGACGGAUUCACCAAUGUGACUUUGCAGGAUGCAGCAAAGUGUACACCAAAAGCUCUCACCUGAAAGCUCACCGCAGAAUCCAUACAGGAGAGAAGCCUUAUAAAUGCACCUGGGAUGGCUGCUCCUGGAAGUUUGCUCGCUCAGAUGAGCUCACCCGCCAUUUCCGGAAGCACACAGGCAUCAAGCCCUUCAGGUGUACAGACUGCAACCGAAGCUUUUCUCGCUCUGACCACCUGUCCCUGCACCGCCGGCGCCACGAUACCAUGUGAACUCCAUAUGCCACACUAGAGGAGCUGCACUGGUCUCUUUCCUGUGUGUGUGCUGAGGUCAAGACCAUAUCUUCCUCUUUGACUUCAACUUGCCUCUGGGAUGGGGUUGGAGGAUCCUACUGAGCCAGGUUGUGGAGACUGGAGAAAAAAAUAGCUAGUCUCCCAUGGGGCUCUUCAUAUUCCACCUUCACCUCUCCACUAUCCAGACUUCAGUUUUUUCAACCUCCGCAUGGGUUGAAUUCCAGUGCGGCACCCAUGGCUGCCCCUGCCCCAACACCCCUUCCCUGAAAUAGACAUUUUUCCUACAAUUACAAAACAGGAAUCAAACUCAAGGCUGUGAACAAACAUACGCUGCUUUUUCCCUCUAUUUUUCUCUUGUUUUCUAUAACUUUUAUCCAUAUCCAUAUAUAUGUACAUAUAUGUGUGUAUAUAUGUAUAUGUACACACGUAUGUAUUUUUAAUCAGUACUUAAAGGCAGUUGAUGGGGUCUUAAAAUGACUUUUCUCAAGUUCCUAGAUGAAGGAGGCAUAACAAUAUAGUGGACUUGUAAGAUUUACAGGAAUUUUGGUCCUAAGUAUAGGGCAUCUUCUCAGUGAAUAAGGUGAAUUUCACACCAAACUUAAAAGUUUUAUAAAUCCAAUUGAAUUUCUUCUUACAGUUUGGUUUUCAGACAGUCCUGGUGCUUCUUAAGUCCAUCAAAAGGAAUGAAAGGAUCUUCUUGUCCUCUCCUCUUUCUCCUCCUGCUCCUUUAAGAUUCAAGAUUUUGUGGCACAGUUACAUUCUUUGUUAGGUUAGAUUUGGACAAACAUUCAAAGCACAGUUCAGUUCAGUUCAGUAGGGAGAAAAGUGUUCCAGGAAAAUAUGUUGGGCAGUGACAGGAACAAGCAAACCUGGGGCAAACCUGAGAACAAAUAAGGGUGACUUUAAUUUGGAUAAAAUAUUAAAAGUGCUGUUAAUCACAAACCUCAUUCAAAUGCCAGCCUGUUGAGACAGUGUCUUGAGGGGCUUCACUGUACUGUUUAUUCUUUUGUUUACAUAAAGCAACUAUUCAGUAUAAUACAUGAUGAGAAAUCACACAUUGAGGCCAUGUUAUACAGAGGUGAGAGGUUGAAAGAAAGGAAUUAUGUUCACUUCAUAGCAUUACUGGCAUUCAUUCCUGUGUUUUGAAUGGAAUAUAAGGGGCUUUUGUGAAAACUGACAUACAAAAAGCAAUUUGAUGUUUUAUAACUGCAUGACCACCUAAGCCAUUUCUUUUAGCCAUUACAGCAGGUUGCAAAAUUCACAUUUGGUUGCCCAAUCAGUCUGUUUCAUGAUAUUAUCUGGGGCAUGAAAUCCCCUGUUCCUGGCCCUGGACCUCAGAUCUACCUCCACAUAGCAUAUUUCCUCUCCCAGAAUGAGGGGAAGGGGGCUUUGUAUCAAUUGGAUUGGUCUCAGCCUCUCUCUUAAAGAUUAUCUUCAUAUUGAACCCCUUUUCCUUGGCAGAUAUUCAACCAGUCCCUGCUUGAAUACUUUAGGUUACUACCUCCUGAGGCUGUUCAUUCUAAGUCAGAUUUCUAGCAUCAAGAAGGGAUCCUUUUAGCUGUCUAGUCCUACCCAUCCCUAGUAUUUUACAGAUAAGACAAAUACGGGUCAGAUUUUUUUCUCCAGAUGUUUCCUUGAGGCCUUAUAGACCUGCACACUCAUUCUUCCAGGGAUCACAUUAUUAAACCAAAUUAAAGACAAUUUUUCGUGGUUGGUUGCAAUAUUUGUCCAAUUUUAUAUGUUAUACUUAAAAAAAUCUUUACACCACCCAAAAAUAAUUUAUAGUUGAUGACGUAGUAAAAUGUGCUUGUGGUCAUUGCCAUAUAACAUUAGGCUCACAGUUUUUCUAUUGUAGCACUUUUAUAGUAUCUAGAUUUUAUUUACCUCAUUUCAACUUGCAAUGUCUUUCUAGACCAUAAACUCUCCAUAAAUUUAAGACUGCUUGUAUUUUUCAAAAUGACAUGUAGGUUUUUACUAUUAUCAUUCUUAUUUUGAUAUGGGCUUUUUCCUGACUUUUGGUGUGCAAGUUCCAAACUGUAUAUUAAUUACUAAAGCACUAGGAAAUAUCUAGAGCCAGUAUGUUCAUGGAGACAUCUCUGUAGCUGUAAAACAGGUUGGCAAAGGUAGAUUAUCAUCAUACAUAGAUUUAAGCUUAUGAUUGAGUAGUUGGUACAGUAUUUCACAAUAGAGCCCAAGGGCAUAUUCAUUUUCUCCACAGUUUGGAUCCUAGGACUCCUUUUCCAGAGUUCAGACCUGAUAUAUACCCUUCAGACCUCAGGAUCAUUUGCAUUGGGACAUUUGGUUUAUUUCUAAGUAAAAGCUAUCAAACAUACUGUUACACUAAUUAGGAUGACCAAAUUAUGAUCCCAAAUAUUGGUGUCCCUGACAUCCCUAAGACUUUAUUCUAAAAUUUUUCUUAAAGUAAUGAGAGAAUUUGUUAAUUGUCUUUACUCAAGAAGCAUUUUUAACCCUAUUCUCAUUGCCCUGUCUUCUCAAUAAAAUAAAAUCUUUCCAAUUA